AUGGAUUAUCCCAAAAUGGAUUAUUUUCUGGAUGUGGAGUCUGCUCAUAGACUCUUGGAUGUUGAAUCGGCUCAAAGAUUCUUCUACAGUCAAGGAGCUCAAGCUCGCCGGGCGACCCUGCUCCUGCCUCCCACAUUAAUGGCGACAUCCUCGGAGGAUGAUAUAGACCGGCGGCCCAUCAGAAGAGUCCGCUCCAAGAGCGACACGCCAUACCUCGCCGAGGCCAGGAUCUCCUUCAACCUGGGGGCAGCCGAGGAAGUGGAGAGGCUGGCGGCGAUGCGUUCUGACUCCCUGGUCCCAGGUACCCACACCCCACCCAUCCGGAGGAGAAGUAAAUUUGCUAACCUGGGAAGGAUUUUCAAGCCUUGGAAGUGGAGGAAGAAGAAAAGUGAAAAGUUCAAACACACAUCAGCCGCCCUGGAAAGGAAAAUAUCAAUGCGGCAAAGCAGGGAGGAGUUGAUAAAGCGAGGGGUCCUGAAGGAAAUCUAUGAUAAAGAUGGGGAGCUCUCCAUUUCAAAUGAAGACGACUCCCUAGAAAACGGGCAGUCCCUAAGCUCCAGCCAGCUGUCUCUGCCUGCGCUGUCGGAAAUGGAGCCAGUCCUGAUGCCCAGGGAUCCUUGCUCGUAUGAGGUGCUCCAGCCUUCAGACAUCAUGGAUGGGCCAGUGUCUGAAGAGAGUCCCUCUGCCAGUGAAUCUGGAGUCCUCCUGUCCCAAGAUCCUUCAGCCAAACCAGUCCUGCUACUGCCCCCCAAAAAACCUGCUGCUUUCUCUGGAGACCAUGAGGAGACCCCAGUGAAGCAGCUGUCCCUUCUCAAGCAGCCCCCGGCCCUGCCUCCCAAACCUACUGCCAGGAUUGCCAACCACUUAACAGAUCCUGGUGCCCCUGUGAAAUUGCCUUGCCUGCCAGUGAAACUGUCACCUCCGCUACCUCCAAAGAAAGUCAUGAUCUGUAUGCCUGUCGGGGGGCCGGACCUCUCCCUGGUAUCCUACGCAGCAGCCCAGAAGAGCAGCCAGCAGAGCGUGGCCCAGCACCACCACAUGGUCCUGCCAUCCCAGAUCCAGCACCAGCUGCAAUAUGGCAGCCACGGCCAGCACCUCCCCUCCGCCACCGGCACCCUCCCCAUGCACCCCUCCGGCUGCAGGAUGAUAGAAGAGCUAAACAAAACGUUGGCCAUGACCAUGCAGAGGCUGGAAAGCUCCGAGCAGCGGGUCCCCUGUUCCACUUCUUACCACAGCUCUGCUUUGCACUCGGGUGACGGUGUCACAAAAGCAGGACCUCUGGGCCUUCCGGAAAUAAGACAAGUGCCAACUGUUGUGAUUGAAUGUGAUGACAAUAAAGAAAACGUGCCUCAUGAGUCAGACUACGAAGACUCUUCUUGCCUAUACACGAGAGAAGAGGAGGAGGAGGAUGAAGAUGAUGACAGCUCCUUGUACACCAGCUCCCUGGCCAUGAAGGUCUGCAGGAAGGACUCCUUAGCCAUCAAACUCAGUAACAGGCCCUCCAAGCGAGAGCUGGAAGAAAAGAACAUCCUUCCCAGGCAGACAGAUGAGGAGAGGCUGGAGCUGAGGCAGCAGAUCGGCACCAAGCUUACCAGGCGGCUGAGCCAGAGGCCAACUGCAGAGGAAUUGGAACAGAGGAACAUUUUGAAACCUCGGAAUGAACAAGAGGAGCAGGAGGAGAAAAGAGAGAUCAAGAGGAGGCUAACUCGAAAGCUCAGUCAAAGGCCCACGGUGGAAGAGCUUCGGGAAAGGAAGAUCCUCAUCCGCUUCAGUGACUAUGUGGAGGUGGCCGACGCUCAGGACUACGACCGCAGGGCAGACAAGCCGUGGACCCGCCUCACCGCUGCCGACAAAGCUGCCAUUCGAAAGGAGCUCAAUGAAUUUAAAAGCACUGAAAUGGAAGUUCAUGAAUUGAGUAGACACUUAACAAGGUUUCACCGACCUUAA